AGCCGUCCAGGUCGAAUCUGCAAGUAUAUAUUGAGAGCCAGGCAGGUCGAUAGAUCCCGUCACUAACAGGCUUAAUAUUGUUCGCUGUGUUCACUACUCACUGUUUCAACAGCAAACUACCGAGAUGGGACGGAAAGUGACUCUUGCAACUUGCUCGGUGAAUCAGUGGGCUUUGGACUUUGAAGGCAAUUUGGAGAGAAUACUGAAGAGUAUUGAGAUUGCUAAGGCUCAUGGAGCCAAAUACAGACUGGGCCCAGAGCUGGAGAUAUGCGGGUAUGGCUGUGCAGACCACUUCUAUGAGUCGGACACGUUGCUCCACAGCUUUCAGGUCCUGAGGAAGCUUCUGGAAUCUCCGAUCACCCAGGACAUCAUCUGUGACGUAGGAAUGCCCAUCAUGCAUCAUAAUGUGCGCUACAACUGUCGGGUCCUGUUCCUCAACAGAAAGAUACUGCUGAUCAGACCUAAAAUGCUGAUGGCCAACUACGGGAACUACAGAGAGAUGCACUGGUUCUCUCCUUGGAACCAGUUACGGCAAGUGGAGGAGUAUUUCUUGCCCAGAAUGAUCCAGGAGGUAACAGGGCAGGAUACAGUCCCAUUUGGUUACUGUGUGCUAUCCACAAAGGACACCUGUAUUGGAACUGAGAUAUGUGCCGAGCUCUGGAACCCCAGAAGCCCCCAUAUUCAGAUGGGUCUGGACGGGGUUGAGAUCUUCACUAAUUCGUCUGCUAGCCACCACGAGCUCCGUAAAGCUGAUGAAAGAGUCAACCUGGUAAAGUCAGCCACCACAAAGAGUGGAGGUAUCUACCUGUAUUCCAACCAGAGGGGCUGUGAUGGAGACCGGAUCUACUAUGACGGCUGUGCCAUGGUGGCCAUCAACGGAGACAUUGUGGCACAAGGUGCACAGUUCUCCCUUGAUGAUGUGGAAGUGAUUACAGCCACUCUUGACCUUGAGGAUGUGCGGAGCUACAGAGGAGAAAUAUGCCAGCCAAUCAUGGAAAGUGAACCCAAACCUUGCCACAGGGUCAAAGUUGACUUCUCUUUAUCCAGUGGUGAUGAUAUCUACCUCCCAACUCACCAACCAAUAACAUGGCACUUUCGUACUCCUGAAGAAGAGAUCAGUCUAGGGCCGGCCUGCUGGCUGUGGGACUACCUGAGGAGAAGUGGACAGGCUGGUUUUCUGUUGCCUCUGAGCGGGGGCGUCGACAGCUCCUCCACUGCCUGUAUUGUCCACUCUAUGUGUGUGCUGCUCUGCCAGGCUGUAGAGGACGGCAACAGCCAGGUACUGGAGGAUGUUCGCAGAGUGGUAGGGGAUGACUCCUACCGUCCUCAGCACCCAAAGGAGCUGUGCGGUCACAUCUUCACCACCUGCUACAUGGCCAGCGAAAACUCCUCAGGGGACACAUGCAGCAGGGCCAAAGAUCUGGCCAAUCAGAUCGGCAGCACACACAUGAAUAUUAACAUAGACAUGGCAGUGAAAGGCAUUCUGGGUAUCUUCUCUGUGGUUACUGGAAAGUGGCCUCAGUUUCGCGCCAAUGGAGGAAGCCACAGAGAAAACCUGGCUCUGCAGAAUGUACAGGCUCGGGUCAGGAUGGUCCUGGCCUACCUGUUUGCCCAGCUGAGUCUGUGGGCCCGGGGUAAGCCAGGUGGAUUGCUGGUGCUGGGCUCAGCCAACGUAGAUGAGAGUUUGACAGGGUAUUUCACAAAGUAUGACUGCUCCAGUGCUGACAUCAACCCAAUAGGAGGCAUCAGCAAGACAGACCUGAAGAGCUUUCUGCUUUACUGUGCUGAGCAGUUCCAGCUCACCACUCUGAGAGGCAUCCUGGCCGCUCCGCCCACAGCUGAACUGGAGCCACUGACAGACGGACAGGUUUCACAAACAGAUGAGGCAGACAUGGGAAUGACCUACUCUGAACUGUCUGUGAUUGGACGCCUGAGGAAGAUCUCCAAGUGUGGCCCCUUCAGUAUGUUCUGUAAACUCAUUCACGUGUGGAAGGAUGCGCUCUCAGCCACAGAGGUGGCCCAGAAGGUGAAGCACUUCUUCCAGAUGUACUCCGUGAACCGCCACAAGAUGACCACAGUGACGCCGUCCUACCACGCGGAGAGCUACAGUCCUGAUGACAACCGCUUUGACCUCCGACCUUUCCUCUAUAAUACACGCUGGACCUGGCAGUUCAGGUGCAUCGACAACCAG